AUGGCAUUGCAGCAGCAGCGGCAGCAGCAGCAGCAACAGCAGCAGCAGCAGCAGCAGCGGCAGCAGCAGCAGCAGCAGCAGCAGAAAUCGCUACCGCUAUUGCGGAGACACGCAGCAGCAGCAGCAGCAGCAGCAGCAGCAGCAGCAACGGCAGCAGCAGCAGCAGCAGCAGCGGCAGCUGCAGCAGCAGCAGCAGCAGCAGCAGUGCCCCCCCGAUAUCUGCGACGGCAGCAGCAGCAGCAGCGGCAGCUGCAGCAGCAGCAGCAGCAGCAGCAGUGCCCCCCCGAUAUCUGCGAGGACAGCAGCAGUAUCUACACUGAUCAAAGCAGCAGCAACACCAAAUCUGCUUCGUUACAGCGGUGCGGUGUUUGCUGCCUGGGGCUUGCUGCUGCUGCUGCGCAACAGCAGCCGCAGCAGCAGCAGCAGCAGCAGCUGCAGCAGCAGUUGCAGCAGCAACCACAGCGGAAGCAGCAGCAUCCGCUUCACCAGGGCGUUUAUACAACCCCUAACAGCACUAGAAGCUGUAAUGCCUUGCUGCUGAGCAGCAACACAAGCAGCAGCAGCAGCAGCAGCAGCAGCAGCAGCAGCAGCAACAGCAGCAGCAACUGA